AUAAAAUAAAAUGCAGGUUGUGUAGGGAAUCAUUCCCUACAUUCGAUUGCUACUCUUGUUUUUUCUGAACCUGCCAGCCACACAAAUUCUUAACAAGUUCCCAAAAACUAAAUAACUAAAUUCUUCAAAAACAAGUUCCCAAAGCCAAAAACAAUGUCAGAACCCCCUGAAUCCAGAACCAUAUGCCUCAUCGGCGACAUCCACGGCUACAUAACCAAGCUCCAAAACCUCUGGUCCAAUCUCGAAGCCACAAUCGACCCACCACACUUCAAAACCGCCACAAUCAUCUUCCUAGGCGAUUACUGCGACAGAGGCCCUCAAACCCGCCAAGUAAUCGAUUUUCUCAUCUCCUUACCAUCCCGUUACCCUAAUCAGAGACACGUGUUCCUCGCCGGAAACCAUGAUUUCGCCUUCGCCGCCUUCCUCCGCCUCCUCCCGCCGCCGCUUGACGGGUCUGAGUUUUCGGAAGGGUGGAAGGAGUUUGAGGAUUGUGAGGAGAGAGAAGGGUGGUUUAACGAGGAUGGGUAUGAGAAGAUGCAUUUGCAAGGGAGAAGAUGGAGUGGGAGUAUAAAGGCUAAAUUUAAUGUUGCUAAAGGUACUGAGUAUCAGGGUUCUAUUUAUGAUGCUGCACCCACUUUUCAGUCUUACGGUGUUCCCCACGGUUCACCAGAUUUGGUUAAGGCAGUUCCUGAUGAGCAUAAGAAAUUUCUCGCGGAUUUGGUUUGGGUCCACGAAGAGGAUGAAGUCUUUAUGAACACUGAUGAUGGAGUUAAGUGCUGCAAGUUGAUUGCUGUUCAUGCUGGUUUGGAGAAAGGUGUAGACGUGAAAGAGCAGAUGAAAUAUUUGAAAGCUCGAGAUACUCGAAUUCCUAAGUUGCAGCCUCUAAGUGGCCGAAAAAACGUAUGGGAUAUUCCUGAGGAGCUAAGUGCGACUUCAACCAUCAUUGUUAGCGGUCACCAUGGAAAACUCCAUAUUGAAGGCUUAAGGUUGAUAAUCGACGAAGGUGGUGGAUACCACGAUAAACCAGUAGCUGCGGUUGUUCUUCCUUCCAUGAAGACUAUUCGUGAUACUGAUGUAUUGACAAAGUAGAUUCAUAUUUGUGAUAGUUUUCUCGGUGUAAACCAUCAAUAUAGUUUUUAAACUAAUUCUCUCUCCGAUUUGGUCCUAGAACAAUAGAAAGAUUACGGUUAGUCCCUAAA